AGACUGAACAAGAGCUCCAGCAAAGACUUUCACUGUAGAUCAGCGUGACCUCAGAUUAAGGAAUCUUGAGAACAAAGAUGAGCUCUGAAAAUUGUUUCAUAACAGAGAACAGCUCUUUGCAUCCGAAGAGUAAACAAGAAAGUGAUGCCAACAGUCCCCAUUUUUCAACACAACGUGAAGGGUUCUUCCAAGUUCCUGUCCUAUGUGCUGUAGUGAAUGUGGUCUUCAUCACCAUUUUAAUCAUAACCCUCAUUGCCUUAUCAGUGGGAAAAUACAAUUGUCCAGGUCAAUACACAUUCUCAGUGCCAUCAGACAGCGAUGUUUCUUCAUGUCUGGAUGACUGGGUUGGCUACCAGAGGAAAUGCUACUUUAUUUCCACUGUAAAGAAGAGCUGGACUUCUGCCCAAAAUGCUUGUUCUGAACAUGGUGCUACUCUUGUUGUCAUUGAUUCUGAAAAGGACAUGAACUUUCUAAAACGAUAUGCAGGUAGAGGUGAACACUGGGUUGGACUGAAAAAGGAACCUGGUCAGACAUGGAAGUGGUCAGAUGGCAAAGAAUUUAACAACUGGUUCAACUUUACAGGGUCUGAGAAGUGUGUUUUUCUGAAUAACACAGAGGUCAGCAGCAUGGAAUGUGAGAAGAAUUUACACUGGAUCUGUAACAAACCUUAUAAAUAAUAAGGAAACAUAUUUACUUAUUGACCAUUAUAGGAUGGAACUUAAGAAUAUCUGUGUCAAUUGAUGCUGCUCUGUGUUCCCAAGUUUUCCAUACAGACUUUGUCAACAAAAAUUUCACAGUAUCUUGGGAAUUUUAUUCCAAACAGAACCAUGAAAAAAAGGAAGAAAUUUCAGGAAAAUCUGCAUUGUGGAUUCUUACUGCCAUGCUCUGAAAGCAUCACAGGUUGACUGAUAAUCAUGCUCACGAAUAAGAAGAAUGACUAUGAAACCUUUUGGAUGCACUUUAUAUUGUUUUGAAUACAGAAAUAAUGAAACAACUAGGCAUAGACUUAUUAUUUAUUGCUGACUGACUACCAACCUUUGAGAGUGAGAGCCCUUCAUGCAUUUGCUCUAUUGGAAGGAGUUAGAUGUUGGCACUAAAUACUGAAUGUAAGCAAAGGAAUUAUGGCUGGUGACAGAGGUAUUUAAACUAAUUGAAUCUCUUAAGCUCAGAGAGCAUUUAUAAAUGGACAAAUGCUUAUGAAACUAAGAGCUGUAACAUUUCUCUCUUUUUAGAGAAUUUUGCCAAUUUGCCUUGUAAUUUUUUUCCCCACAAAGAAUGGGAUGAUUAUUUAUUUUUUUACUUCCUCAGUUGUAGACUGAUCCUUUUCAACGAUACCUAUUUCUUUGCCUUUACAACCUUUUAUACAGUGUUUUCCAGGGAAAAGACAAAAGCAAAGAAUAUGAGGAAUAUUUGUAAAACAGGGAAAAGUGUUGGAAAAUGUGCAAUAUGUGAUGUGGCAAAUUUCUAUCAGGAAAUAUUCUGUAAUGUUCAAACCUAGAAUAAUACUAGUCAUAAUAGGUUUGUGACUUUCCUAAUCAAUUCUUUAAUGUGCAAUAUUUCAUUUAAAGUAUUUUUAUGUGCAAUAAAAUGUAUUUGUUUGUAUUUUGUGUUCAGUACAAUUAUAAGCUGUUUUUAUGCACGGGAAAAUAAAAGUAGAAUAAA